AUGCAUUGUACAAGGCGUUCCGUCGCGAAUGAAAUUGAACGAAACGAUAUACAAGGACAGUUAGAUCGUCGUAAACCAGGCCAAUCAAAAUUGAUGACGUCACGGAACGAAAAAGACUUGGUGAAAAUAUUAUCUGGCACAGAGGCAAAUUUGACAUUAGGAACGCCAAUUUGCCUCUUUGUACCAAACCAGCAUCAUAAACCAGAGGAUUACGCUUCCAUGCUAGAUGUACCUCGCCCAUCCCAUGCUGACUACACCUACCAGAAGAAAUAUGGCAUUCGUGCGGCAAGUGGUGGAGGACGAUCCAGUGCAAGAGAGACAAUCGGACGCGUUGCCUCUGGCGCUAUUGCCGAGAAAUGGUUAUCGGAGACCUAUGGGAUAGAAAUUGUUGCCUAUGUCAGUGGAAUCGGACGUGAAAUAGAAGCAGCAUUAAAUGAUCAAGAUUCAGUCGGUGGCAUCAUAACAUGCAUUUGUCGGAACAUUCCCCUUGGUAUUGGCGAGCCCGUCUUCGAUAAACUGGAAACCAUGUUGGCACAUGCCAUGCUCUCAAUACCGGCCACCCAAGAUGAAGGAUCUGAACAUAAUGAUAUGUUCAUCAGUGAUACAACUUCCCGUAAUAAGAAACCGACAACUAAAACGAAUAACAGUGGUGGUAUUCAAGGUGGUAUUAGUGAUGGUGAGCCAAUAGUCUUCCGAGUCGCUUUCAAACCAUCGGCUACGGUCGGUAAAACACAAGAGACUUGCACAUUUGACGGCGAACAAUGCUUCCUGAAUGCAAGAGGACGGCAUGAUCCGUGCGUUGUCCCAAGAGCAGUGCCCAUUGUUGAAGCACUGGCAGCGUUAGUUUUAGCAGAUCAGAUCCUUAUUCAACAAUCGAGAACCAACAACUGCAGCACCGUUCAUGAGUUAGCCGUCACUUAA